AUGACCAAGACUAGAAUUCGAAUUGUGGUAUGUGGUGACAGUGGGGUUGGUAAAACUAGCUUGAUUGCUUGUUUAGUGAAAGAUCAGUUCAUUUCUUGGUUGCAAGACGUACUUCCUCCAAUUACCAUACCGAAAGAUUUUUCAAGCAGUCGUUAUUCUCCAGAAAAUACUGUUGUUGUUGAUACUGGCAAUUCGGAUUUGGCAACGCUUCAUAAGGAACUUAAGAAUGCAGAUGUAAUUUGGCUAGUGUACAGCGAUCACGAUUCGUAUGAAAGAAUCGCACUUUACUGGAUGAUGAUGUUUCGGUCUCUUGGUGUUAAUUUGCCGGUUGUUCUUUGUAGGAACAAAUGCGACGACGAAGUGGAGUUUUUGUCCAGCGCCAACAUCAUGGAUUCUGACGAUGAUCAAUUGGAUAAUAAGAUUGAAGAUGAGGAAUUUAUACCAAUUCUUCGGGAAUUCAAAGAAGUUGAAACGUGUAUUAAGGCCAGCGCGAAGUUCAAAUUUAAUGUCAACCAGGCGUUUUAUCUCUGUCAAAGAACUAUUACCAACCCGGUUGCUCCAUUAUUUGAUGCAAGGAUUGGAGAAUUGAAGCCUCUUGGUGUUUUAGCUUUGAAAAGAGUUUUUGUGCUCUCAGACAUGGACCAAGACGGAUUUCUUAACGAUGAUGAAAUUACCAAACUACAAAAAAAAUGCUUCUCCAAAGCAGUUGAUGUUAAUGAAUUGCAAUUUCUUAAGGACACACUAACUAGCAUAUCAUCACCCAAUCAAGAGUACGAAGAUUAUAUACUUAACGUUCCGGGCAAAGGAAUAACGAAGGACGGCUUUCUUGUAUUAAACAAAAUAUACGCUGAAAAAGGACGGCACGAAACCACAUGGGGAAUAUUAAGAGCAUUCCAUUAUACGGACACUUUAACUAUUAAUGAAAAAAUCCUGCGCCCCAAAAUUGACAUACCGCAAAGCUCUAGUGUCGAAUUAAGUCCGCUUGGUUACAGAUUUUUUGUUGAUACGUUCUUAAAAUAUGAUAAAGAUAACGACGGUGGGUUGAAUAAUGACGAAUUACAUCUGUUGUUCAAGACUACGCCAGGACUGCCACAUCUUUGGAUCGAAACAAAUUUCCCUUUUUUGACUGUUGUCAAUAAUUCAGCAUGCAUAACACUUCAGGGCUGGCUGGCUUUAUGGUCUAUGACUACUUUCAUUGAUUAUUCGGUUACCACAGAAUAUUUGAUAUAUUUGGGCUUUGACAAAGACGCCAAGAACGCUCUUCAGAUCACAAAGCCGAGAAGAAAGAGGAGGAGAAACGGUGUUUACUAUAGAGCUCCUGUUUUUGACCGGAAAGUUUUGAAUUGUUAUAUGUUGGGUAAAGGCAAUAGUGGUAAGAGUUCUCUUCUGGAAUCCUUCCUAGGUAGGAGCUUCUCUGAAGCUUAUUCACCUACGAUACGUCCCAAAAUUUCUGUCAAUAGCUUAGAACUAAAAGGAGGGAAGCAAUAUUAUCUCAUCUUGCAAGAACUUGGAGAACAAGAGACUCCAAUUUUAGAAAACAAAGGUAAAUUGGACGAAUGCGACGUGCUAUGUUUAUGCUAUGAUUCCAGUGAUCCUGAAUCUUUCUCAUACAUUGUCAGUUUGAUAGACAAGUUUGAUUAUUUGAAAGAAUUACCUAUUGUUUUUGUUGCCUUGAAAGCAGACCUAGAUAAACAACAACAGAGAUGCCAUAUUCAGCCUGACGACUUUGCAGAUCAAUUGUUUAUUGAUCAUCCGUUGCAUAUUUCAUCCACAUGGCCUAGUUCUCUCAAUGAAUUGUUCAUAAAGCUCACGGAAGUGGCUUUAGAACCGAUAACUAGUACUGCAGGACUAGGACCAGCAGUACUUACAAACGAUAUUGAUUACCGCCAAACCAUAGUCGCAAUUAGUUCGGUGGUAGGAUUUGCAUCAUUAUUCACAUUCACUGCAUUAAAAAUAUAUAGUAGUUUUAAAAAUACCUAA